AUGCAUCCAAUACGUGGUACAGUUCAACCUUAUGCUUGGGGUAUGAUUGGUUCUUCUUCACUUGUUGCUCAACUUGCAUCAAAAUCAUCUUCAAUUGUAUCUAAUCAACCAUAUGCAGAAUAUUGGAUGGGUACACAUCCGAAAGGCGAAUCAUAUUUAAUUGAUAAUAAUAAUGAAACAAGUUUAAAAUCAUAUUUAAAAUGUGAUUUACCAUUUUUAUUUAAAGUUCUUAGUGUUGAAACAGCUUUAAGUAUUCAAGCACAUCCAAAUAAAGAACAUGCAAAAAUUCUACAUAAAACAAAUCCAAAAGAAUAUCCCGAUGAUAAUCAUAAACCUGAAAUGGCAAUUGCAUUAACAAAAUUUGAAUGUCUAUGUGCAUUUCGUCCUUAUAAUGAAAUCAAUGAAUUUAUACAAAAAUAUGAACAAUUACAAAUUUUAUGUAAGAAAAAUAUUUGUGAUGAAUUUUCGAAUGCGAUUUCAUCAAAUGCUGAUUUAUCUAUUCAACAAUAUUUACUUAAACAACUCUAUUCGAAUUUAAUGCAAUCUUCAUCGACAAUUAUAGCAGGAUGUGUUAAUGCUCAUCUUCAAUCGAUUUCAAAAUCAACUGAUGAACUUUCACGUUUAUUUGAACGUCUUAAUAAACAAUAUCCCGGUGGUGAUGUGGGUUUAUUUUCAAUCUAUUUUUUUAAUUAUAUUAUAUUAAAUCCUGGUGAUGCUAUUCUUCUUAAAGCUAAUAUACCACAUGCUUAUUUACAUGGCGAAUGUAUUGAAUGUAUGGCAUGUUCGGAUAAUGUUGUACGUGCUGGUUUAACACCAAAAUUUAAAGAUAUUUCAACAUUAAUUGAUAUGCUUGAUUAUGCACCAUUAACUAUUGAACAAACAAAAUUUCGUGGAAAGAAAAUUUCAGAAAAUACAACACAAUUUGAUCCAAAACAAGUAUCGAAUAUUGAUGAUUUUAUUGUCGAAGAAAUAAAAGGAAAAAAUGGAAGUAUCAAUGCAAUUGAUCAAUCAAGUUUAAUGAUUAUUGUUCAAGGACAAGGAACAAUGAACGAAGGAAAAAUUCAUUUUAAUGAAGCUAAUGUUUUUCUUAUCGAUAAACAUACAUCUAUCGAUUUUACAUCUGAUAAUCACCUUUUAGCAUAUCGUGCUUAUUCACUUAUUCAAUAA